UCGAUUUUGUGAUUUGGGUAAAACGUCAUUCACACUUCCUUUAAUCAUUAGCCAUUUUCCCUGUAAUCCCAGAGUGAUCAUACGAGGUGGAUUUCGCAAGCUUGACUGAAUACACUCUAAUCACACAGGAUGGAUCGGACCACAGGCUGAAGAAUUCCUAUCCUGAAAACAAAGAAACUACAGUUAUUUUAUCUAUUUAACAUUACAAUAUCUACCAAAAAUGGCCAGUACCAGUCAUUCUGAUAGUGGAGACGUGUGCUCAAUAACUGAGAGUCCGAUUAUUGUACAACCUAAGUCUAUAGACAGCCAGGAUAUAAAUCAUAUAACACUAGACAGUGACUUUUCUGACGGUGAAGAUGAUCUAACUUUGUCUCGGAAAGCUGCAUCUCAGAAAUCAGAGUCAGGCAAACUCUUAUUUUCCAAAAGAUUUAGAAGAGUAAGGGGACAUAACAAUGAAGAUGAGGAUGAUGAAGACCUGAAGGUGUCCCAUCAUCACUCCAGAAUGGAGGAUUUUCUGUCGGGGACGUGUAAAGCUGCCGAACAAGCUGAGGAGUUCGUUAAGAAGGUGUGGGCAGCGGGGUGGAGGGUGGUGCACCAUCACUCCCUCCCUGACUGGCUCCAAGAUAAUGACUUCCUUCACACUGGUCACCGCCCACCCACCAACUCAUUCCUCGUCUGUUUCAAAUCUAUUUUUAGAAUACAUACAGAAACUGGGAACAUUUGGACACAUCUGUUAGGGAUGAUAGCUUUUAUUGGAAUAGCCAGUUACUUUCUAUCCCGGCCUACAGUAGAGGUACAGUGGCAGGAGAAAGCAGUUUUCUCGGCAUUCUUUGCGGGGGCCAUUCUCUGUUUAGGAUUCUCCUGGAUUUUCCACACAGUGUUUUGUCACAGUGAGCGCAUUGGAAAACUUUUCAACAAGUUGGACUAUUGUGGCAUAGCUCUGCUCACCAUGGGCUCCUUUGUUCCAUGGCUAUAUUACAGUUUUUACUGCCGUUUAGGACCCAAGAUUGCGUACCUUGUGUUAAUAUUUGUCCUCGGCACAUGCUGUAUUGUGGUUUCUCUGUGGGAUAAAUUUGCAGAACCAGAAUUCAGGGGAAUUCGAGCUGGUGUAUUUAUUGCCCUAGGCCUUAGUGGAGUGGUGCCAGCCAUGCAUUACGUUAUUAUUGAGGGGUUUUAUCAUGCCAUUAACUUCGCCGCCUUAGGUUGGCUGUGUCUGAUGGCUCUGCUAUAUAUUGUGGGGGCUCUUAUAUAUGCCUUCAGGAUCCCUGAGAGGAUUUUCCCUGGAAAAUUUGACAUUUGGUUUCAGAGUCAUCAGAUCUUUCACAUGUUUGUGUUGGCGGCUGCCCUUGUUCACUUUCAUGGAAUUUCCAAGAUUGCCAAUUACAGGCUGACAUUAGGGGAAUGUCUAGACAGUGAAUUAAUAGAAUCCUAAGCUCCUAGUAAAAACCACAACCCCUUCACAGUGGUUUUGUUUGUGUUUUCUGGGUAUGUUUUAUGUGAUAAUUUUGUGAAGAUGUAAUUAUUGUGAUAGACACAUCCCAAUUGGCAUAUUUGUAUUUGACAUACAAGUAUAACAAAAUUUGCAAUGAUAUAAAAAUUAAAUGUCAAACAAAUAUAUAAACAUUUUUAUCUGAAAAAAUUGUUUCAGAAAUGUGUGUCCUUUACUUGCUACAUAGUGAAAACAUCGAUUUGGACAAAAAUUGUUUUGUAAAGGAUGAAAUUUAUUUCAAUUUUUUUUCAAAUCACCAAGUCUUUCAUGAAGUACUAUGUAACUGUACAUUACUAUUUACAUCAUAUAUUAAACAGAAAAAAAAAAUCAAUCUUUAUACCUCAAAGUUAACUAGUACACUGUAUUUGUUAUAUUUUGGGCUGAAUGGUGUGUUUGCACUUGUUGAUGUAUUUUAUUCACUGUAUUUAUUAUAGUCAUCAAUAUUAAUUCAGAUAUCAUGCUAGGGCACCAUUACAUUUUAUUAACUUCAUUUGAUGUAUAAUGCUAUAAAUGUUUUUUGAAAAGAUUUUUUAUUUAUUCUUUUGGGGAUCAUUUAAUUGGUCUGAUAUUUUAAAAUGAUUUCAUGGAUUUGGCAUAUCCUUUGACAGGGUAUGAUUCCUUUCUAUUCUUCCAUCAUUUAACCUACAUAUACAUAACUUGCUCAGUCAAAAGUUAACUUUUUAUGCAUCCAAAAAUUUUGAUUAUUUAUAUUUUUCUCUUCAACUAUGGUGGUAAAAUAGCCAAGAUUUAAUUGAUCAAAAUGCAUGGAACUGCAGACAUAUUUUUAUCAAUUCAAUUUGACUGGGGGUCAUCAGUUAACACACUUGAUAUUCAUCUGAUGUGAAAUUGACAAAGAGAGAAUACAUUGUAAACUUGGAUGAGGGUUUGAUUCAAUGAAAUCUUUACAAACCACCCCCUCCCC